UCGAAUCAAUCCGCAGGUUUCCCAUGGCGAGCAGAGGAAGCUUUACCAGCUCCGAGUUUUCAGAAGAUGAACUGGAGGUGAACCUUGAGGGACCCGAAGAGCUGGACAGCAGCGAUGGCAGCAGCUCCAACUGUUCUUACCCCAAGCCAGAAGAGCGCCAGACCAAAAAGCGGAACCGUCCGGUGCGCUCCAAAGCCCGCAGGGUGGCGGCCAACGUGAGAGAGAGGAAACGCAUCUUGGAUUAUAACCAGGCCUUCAACGCUCUUCGAGUGGCACUGCAUCACGACCUGAACGGAAAACGACUGUCGAAGAUCGCCACGCUACAGAGAGCCAUCAAUCGAAUCUCCGCCUUAUCCGUCUUCCUCACCAACAACCCACCAGCUGGUGUGGCAAAGCCCUGCAGCCACCUCGACUGCCACGGUCAACCUGGUGGGCUGUGGCCAGAAACUGAACAAUCACCAUCGUUCCACCUUGAGACGCAAAACUUUCUGUCCUGGCGCCCACCACUCGCUCAUCGUAUCCAAAACCCCAUGCACAGGCUCUCCUCAGACCAACACGUUUUGAUGGACAAUCAAAGGCACACAGGCCCCGCUUGUCCUCCGUCUCCUCACUACCCCUGUUUUUCCUCUAAUACCCAGCUGUACACAAACGGACACUGCGGGACCCCUACUAGCGAUACGGCCAGCCCGCCCAGGUAUGGGAGAUCCAGUGAUACCGGGGGUCAUCAACCAGGAAUUUGGGGUUCUUGUGGCUCUAGUUAUGUGGACAAUUUCGGAGAACCGUUUCAGACGCUUCCCAUGCCCUGGCACAUGAGCUACCUGCAGGACAUCGGCCCUCAGCACAGCCAAAACACGCUUUGAUGCGUACACAUACACAAUGCAUCAUGAAAACUCUUGAAAGUAUUAAAUAAUGAGCACUUGGAAAUCACUCUCUGUUAGCAGGUGGAUUUCUGUGUUUUGAUCAUAAGGAACAAUUGUACAUAUUUAAAAUAUUAAUGUUAAAUAAAUAAUUAUAUUGGAAUAUACAUGAAUUUUGUGUUUCCCAUGGUGCUGUGAUAAACAGAAACAUGAUGAUGUCUCUGAAGACUGCUUGUCAAAAAUCUCUGGUGUUUGUCAUCAGUGAUUUAUAGACUUAAUAAAAUAUUCAACAUAGCAACGUACUAAACUGGUUUUCUUUCUUGUGAAAAUGUAGGCAUACAAAAACAUUUCUCUCUCUGUAGGUGUGUGUCACGUAGUAGUUAAAUACUGUACAUUUGGGUAUUUGUGUUUGUGAAAACGAAGUGUCUGUUCUUAUCUACUUAUUUUUGGUAUGGAGCUUUGAUCGUUGUCGUUCUUGGGCAAAAAGCAGCAAAAAAUGAAUUGCCCUAAUGUGGGAUUUCUGUGAAAUGUGCUUCACCCUCAUACAUGACCGGACAUUUGAGAGGUCAUGUAUGAUUUUUUUUUAUUUUUGUGAUGGCACUUGCAUUUAUGUAUUUUUGGGGGACCAUCAAACACUUGACCUUAGGUGUCCCACAUUAAGCAGCGUCCCACUUUAGGACAAUUCACACUAUUUAACAUAUUGAAAUGUUGUACCUUUUGGGGUACAAUACUAUACCCUAAG